AUGCCCUUCAGCACAGUGAGGUCUGUGGAGAGCUGCUGGUACUUCGGGCAGAGUUACUGUGAAUUUCAUACAUGUUUCGAUACUUCCUUCCGUUUUGCUUCUUUAUUUCAUCUGUGCUGUAUCUCUAUUGAUAGAUACAUUGCUCUUACUGAUCCUCUGACCUAUCCCACCAAGUUUACUGUCUCGGUGUCAGGCAUCUGCAUUAUUCUCUCUUGGUUCUUUUCUGUCACGUAUAGUUUUUCCAUCUUUUACACUGGGGCCAAUGAGGAAGGAAUCGAGGUAGUAGUUGCUCUCACCUGUGUAGGAGGCUGUCAGGCGCCACUGAAUCAAAAUUGGGUUCUACUUUGUUUCCUUCUAUUCUUUAUACCCACUGUCGCCAUGGCGUUUAUACACGGUAAGAUCUUUUUGGUAGCCAGACAUCAGGCUAGGGAGAUAGAAAGUUCAGCCAGCCAAGCUCAGUCCUCUUCAGAGAGUUACCGGGAACGCGUAGCAAAGAGAGCGAGAAAAGCUGCAAAAACACUGGGUAUCGCUAUGGCGGCACUCCUUGUCUCUUGGCUGCCAUAUAUUAUUGAUGCUGUGAUUGAUGCUUACGUGAAUUUUAUAACUCCUUCUUAUGUUUAUGAGAUUUUAGUGUUGUGUGUUUAUUAUAUCUUGAUAUAUGCUUUCUUUUACCCAUGGUUUCAGGAGGCAAUGAAACUUAUCUUAAGUGGUAAAGUCUUAAGGAGGGAUUCAUCAACAAUUAAUUUGUUUUCGGAGGAAGCAGAUAUAGAUUGA